AUGGAGCAGCGGCUAUGCGAAUGGCCGGCGGGCGCUGAAGGUGCUCCAAAAGCCAUCACCAAGCUUGAAGGCCAGAUUGAAGAACAGAAGCAGCUGCGACUUCAAGACGCAAAACAAGUGGAGGCAAAAGCCGCUCGUAUCAAAGAGUGGGUCACGAAUAAGCUUCGGGAACUGGAACAACAAAACCAAUUGCUUAGAGAACAGAAUGAUCGUUGUAACCAGCAACUUGAGUUACUAAGAAACCAUAUAGCAACUCAGGGAAGCAGAAAUAACACUCAGUUUGUGCCCUCUCGAGGGAGUUUAUCCCUAGAAGUGAGGUCUGCGGACCCAACUCGUGCCUCAAGUCUCUUAGCAGCAAAUCGUCGACGCUCAGAAAGUCUAGAGGGCCCACAGUUACCCAUUACAAAAUCUGAGCCCCACUAUAGUACACCAGUACGGCAUCGCAGAAACCUAUCAAUUGGUACAACGAACUUGACACAAACUAAUGUUCCACAAAUAAGCACAAUGAAUAGGACAAUGGACGAAAGGACAACGGCUAGUUUGUUGGCUGAUGAUCUAGCUGCGGCCGUGGAGAACCUAGUGGUUCUUCCAACGACACCAAACACAUCAACAGAUGGCGACACAACUCAUGACUAUGCUGAAAUUUACACACCCAGUCGAGAACGAACCCCUGCAUGGCAAGGCAACGUCAACGUUGUGAUACAAGGAAACAGUAGAGGAGGAUCGUCUACUGGAGACAGUUCCACAUCAGAACAGCCGAGACCGCCGACGCCACCUUUGCACAGGUUUCCCAGCUGGGAAGCGAAGAUAUACCAGGUGGCAGACGACGGCCUUCAGCAGUCAGUAGAAGAGGAACUCAGCCCUCCCCCUUGUCCGCGCCCGAUGCACGAGUCCACCAGCUACCAGGACAUCUCGGUGCCCGUGUAUGCUACCGUCAAAGGGAGAGCGAGCCAAAUCCGUUCGAUGCCUUUCACCGGAGACUCUUCGGACGAUUCCUCGGAUGGCGAAGAGUCUAUGGGAGUCACGGUUCAUAAUACGCCGAUGCAUAAUCCACAUUUUGGUCAACCAUCCCAGCUGCCAAUAAACAACGUGAACCUUACCAGCAUCCUCCCAGCUGCGAUCCAGCAGACGAGCCACGCGCUGGUCCUUAACAACGGCCAAUGCAGCUCCUCCGACACGAGCCUCAGUGCCAGCAGCCCUUCCAAGAGUGUGAAGACCAGCUCCAGCUUGAGUCCCGCCAAGAGGUCCAGCAGUGGUUCACCGAGUAAACAGAGUAAGACUAGAGAUACGUCAUUCGAGUCAGGCAUGUCUGAUGACUACGCCAUCCCGCCAGAUGCGAUGUCGAGUGAGCCCAGUGUUAGAGAUUCGCCAAGGAGACACGACGCCUUGGAGAAGAGUGGUCAUCUUGCCAAGCUUGGUGGAAAGCUUAAGACGUGGAAGAAGAGAUGGUUUGUCCUAAAAAACGGUACGCUCUCCUACUGGAAAUCACAAUCGGAGGUCAACCGCAAACCCCAAGGCCAAAUCGGCCUCGGCGAGGCUUGCAAGAUAUCGCGCAACGAAGGUGCUGCCACAUUCGAAAUAUUCACCGGGAGUCGAACUUACUACCUCACGGCGGAUAGUAUCGCCACUAUGGAAGACUGGAUUCGAGUGCUGCAGAACGUACAAAGACGAAACGCAACAAAAUUACUUCUGAGCAAAGAAGACAAUAAGCCCACGAUACAAGGAUGGCUGACGAAAGUCAAGAAUGGCCACGCGAAGAAAAGCUGGUGCGUACUGCUGGGGAAGAUGUUCCUCUACUUCAAGUCUCCUAGUGAUCAGAACCCAAUCGGUCAAAUUAAUAUGCGUGACGCGCGAGUAGAGGACGUUGAACAUGUCUCGGAUUCUGAUUCCGAAGAAAAGAAUGAUGAUGCAAGGAAACACCUCACCGUCGCUAUUUAUCCUCAACAUCAGGGUCCCACGUACCUGCUGCUCGAGUGCAAGGCAGACAAGGACUCGUGGCUCUACCACCUCACGGUGGUCAGUGGAGGAGGAGGCACUCAAGGCACCCACUUCGAAAGGCUCGUGCAGAAGCUGAUGGAGACUGAUGGGGAUCCCAACUGCGUUUUAUGGCGACAUCCGACCCUACUUUACUCGAAAGAAAACAUCACUUCGCCAUUGACUACCCUCAAUUCAGAAGCAUUACAGGCUGAAGCACUCAAAUUGUUUAAGUGCGUGCAACUGUUCAUGUCUGUGGCCGUGGAGCAGGCGGGCAUUGACUACCACGUGGUGCUGGCCCAGAAUGCCCUCCAGCAAUGCCUCGAAGUGGCGGAGCUGCAGGACGAGCUGGUGUCGGCCCUUUGCAAGCAGUCGGCCCCUCACGCCGCGGCCAAACAUGCCGUUCAGGUACCGAGAAAACUCACCACUGCCAAGCUUAAGACACAACUGCUGCUGUGUGCGACCCAAUCGCUGUUCACUUGCGACACGGGCGCGUCGUCCGUCGGCGGGGACAAGGGAGACAUGCCGCAACACCCGGCUGGCUCGCCUAGCUCCGUACAGGCGCCAUUAUUAUCUGUGGACUGCAAAAGUAACCCUCCAACGUACAGUUUCAUACAAGGCUGGCAGCUUUUAGCGUUAGCCGUAAGUCUCUUCGUACCGAGGAAUAAUAGGCUGUUGUGGUACCUUAAGCUGCACCUCAGCAGACAUUCGGACUCCAAAACGGAAUGCGGAAAAUACGCAGCGUAUUGCGCCCGCGCACUCGAACGCACGAUACGCGUGGGCGGCCGUACUGAUAAGCCGUCUCGUAUGGAAGUGCUCUCCAUAUUACUGAAAAACCCCUACCAUCACAGUUUGCCACACGCCAUACCUGUACACAUGCUCAAUAAUACCUAUCAGGUGAUAAGUUUCGACGGUUCCACAACGGUAGAAGAGUUCCUAUCGACCCUUAGCACUGAGCUGGGGUGUCGCGAGUCUUCCGCUUCUGGGUUUGCCCUUUUCAGCGAUGACCCCAUCGAGAAAGAUUUGGAACAUCACAUCAAGCCUGACAAAAAGCUCUGCGACGUAAUAUCUCGAUGGGAAACGGCGCUUAGAGAAAAGGGCUCCGGCAAAUUUGAGAACUCUCGAGUGAUUCGUUUGACGUUCAGAAAUCGGCUUUACUUCAAGAGUUCCGUUCGGACGGAGACCGAUAAGGAAAGACUGCUUCUGUGCUAUCAGGUUAAUCAGCAAGUGGUAGCGGGCAGAUUCCCCGUAACUAGAGAACUGGCGGCGGAACUGGGUGCCCUAAUGGCCCAGUUGGACAUGGGGGACUAUAGCGCGUCCAACACCCAACACAAUCAGCCGCUUGCGCAUCGAUUCUACCCUUACAGAUAUAGGGCGGGGCUAACUAAUGACGAGUUAAGGGACGUUGAAGAAAAGCUUCGCUCAAAGUGGGUAGCCCUCAAAGGGCGUAGUACGGCGGACUGUGUACGGAUUUACCUGAACUGUACGAGAAAGUGGCCUUUCUUCGGAGCCACGCUGUUUCAAGCUAGGAUAAAACAGCCGGACCUCUCGAUGGCGUGGCUCGCAGUGUCCGAGGAUGGGGUGACCGUACUAGAACUGGCCUCCAUGUCCGUUAUAGGCAGAUACGCCCUCAACUCUAUUGGCCUCUUUGGUGGAUUACAGGACGACCUGAUGAUGCUGAUAGACGCCGAGGAUUCUACUAGUCCCGUUCACAAGAUGUUGAUUAGCCUCAAUAAACCUAGAAUGGUAGAGCUGACCCAUCUAAUAGCAGACUACAAGAACACGCACCGACCCACAGGAACCGGAACGCCCCAAAUGAACUCCCUCACCCGAAACGGAAGCCACCGGUCCAUACGUAAGCCAUCCACAUUGCCACACGUCCAUCACACCCUCAACUCCAACACCACCAUGACCCUGGGGUCGGAGAGGAAUGCCACGUUGACCCUAUCUUCACACACGUCGACCUUCAAUCACCUGGAGAGGGCAGUGUCGCACGGACAACCGGAUAUUUUAAAAUCCACCCCCGAUCACAAGAAACGUGCGCACACGCAGGAUGGGAUUGCGUGA